GACGUUGUCAAACACAGCCCAAAGGUAACGAGAAAGCACUCAGAGAGCGCGAAGGCGGAGCCGUUUAUACGAAACGCUACGGGCUGCUUAGAGAGACCCCGGCGCCGGGAGACCGACCCUAAGGAGACGGCGGCACCGAGAGGCUCCGCGGGCACAGCGGAUGCGCGCAGCACGGAGCGCCGCUCCCAGCGCUGAGGGAAGCGGAGGGAUCCCCACCCCACAGAGCCGCGCCGCACCAGCCCCACACACCGGCAGGCAGCCCCAUUCCCGCCUUCAGCGCGAGAUGAAGUCGCUCUGAGGCACCGCCGCUACAAAGCUCAGCCACUCACGGAGAAAAGGAAAGGAAAAGAACGACAAGCACCGCGCUCCGCCGCCGUUUACCUCCGGCGCUGGUGAAGCGCUGCGCCCGGCGCCGCCGCCCACCGCAGGCCCCGCGGAGCGGCCGCUCGCCACUUCCGGGUGGAGGGAGGCAGGGCGGCGCCCAUUCAGCGCCUCGCGCGCACUGCGCAUGCUCCCUACCCCGCCCCUCCUCACUCCACCGCCCCCUGGCGGCAGUGCUGUGUGGGGCGCUGUAGGGCGCGUUGGUGGGCGGCUCUCCCGCCCUCGCCCGCGGCUCCCGGGAGCGGGUGUUCGUGGAUGGCCAGGGAGAAGAGUGGUGAAGUCCCGCUACCUGCAGUACGAUAAGAAAGGUUCCAGUAAGGUACUCGGGCGCUCUGGGACUUUGUGGCAGCGGGACUUAAGCAGAAGCGCCGUCGUUAUGUGUGAGAACUCUUCAACAAAAUCCUUUUUGUCAUCGACUUCCAGCUCAUCUUCUGCAGCUAGAACAAGUUCACUGCUCUCUCAGAAGUCUGAAACUGCUGGUCUUGCCUCUGGCUUGUUAAAUCAGAGUAGUUUUGAGAAAGGUGACUUACAAUCCACUUUACUAGAUGGAGAUAAAAUUACUCGACCAGACCUUGAUCUUUCAGCUAUUAAUGAUAAAGCUGUCCGCCAGAAAGCUACAAGUCCAAAGGCUUCUUGCAAAACAGAUAAAGGGACAUGUGUAAAUAAACAGAAAUCGAAAAACAAUCCUGUUGUUGUGGGGGCAGAGCUGGGAUCUCAGGAGCUGAUCUUAACUUACCUAGGAGUAAAGCAGAGAAAGGAUGUUGCUCAGCUUGAGGAAAAAGCAGAAGAAAACUUGUUAAUGUUGUGUGAAGAAAAGGAGAGACAACAGGAGAAGCUCUAUGAGUUGAAGCGUGAAAUUCUGCUCAAAGAGAGAGAGGAAAAACUUGAUGAGGAGCUUGUAAAACAGAUGGAACUACUUUCUCCUCUUGUUCCUCUUCUUGGACGGUUUAAAGAGCAGUAUAAAAGCUUUGCAGUUGCUCUGGAUGCCACUAGACAUAAAUUACCCAUUAAGAACAUUCACAUCGAUGGAGAUAUGCCAACAUACCUAGACAAACUGCAAGAGCAGUUGACUGUCACACAGGAACUUCUGGCAGAAGUUAUGCCAGACUCCUCAGAAGAAAGUGCAAAAGCAUUCAGUGAACUGCAAGAUACUGAAGACGUGUUCAAAAAACUGGAGAAAGAACUUCAAAGGAGCUUCACACAAGUGCAGAACCUGUCAUAUGAAGCUAGUAAAGAAGUUUCACUGCAUAAUCAAAGAAUAUGUGAAGACAAUCAUGGAGUAGAAGUUGUGAAACACUGGUACUUCAACUGAGUGUCUGUGAUUUCUGUGUGUUUUAUUCUUGCUUGUUACUGAUGGCUGGGUACUAAAUCAAUGUCAGUAAACUUUUUUUUGUUUAUUGUCUUUGAUUUGUUCUGUAUCUUUGCUUUACUUAUGAACAUACAACACAUCCAGCUUUUCAGUUAUACCAGAAUGUGAAACCAGCAGCAUGUAUGACUGAUACAAAAAUGGAAUUUUCUUCUGCUUACCCAUAAGGAGGCAUUUUUUUAAACAGUCAUUUUUAUCAUCACAAAAUUGCCUUGACAAUAUUGAAAAUUAAAUCAAAUGUUAUUCUUAGCAAACAUGAAUGAUGUAUCCUUAAACUCGUUUUACUUUCUUGCACCUGGCUUCAAGUGCACUGGUUUGCAACUCUUCCCAAAGUAGUGUUCCUUACAGGGCCAGGUGUCAAGAGAAAGAUGUGGAACUGUGUUUGUUGUACUAUAUGGUUAUUUUAUCUAGUUAGGAGGACCAGGAGGAUGCACAGUGUGUUCAUUAAUCAGUUGGUGAACAGCUUCUGGAAGAACUCUUUAUUGCCUCUUAUAUCUGGAUUUUUCAAGAGGAAAAGCAAUGUGAGUAGCACAGAAUGAGGCUGAUGAGCAGAAGGAGACAGGUAGCUUGUAACAAGUAGAGCUUUGGUAAAUUGUUGCCUAAUUGUCUUGUAAAUAAAUUACUAAAACAUAAA